AUGUCGGGACCCGUGCCAAACAGGGCCAGAGUUUACACAGAUGUUAAUACGCACAGAGCCCAAAAGUACUGGGAUUACAAGUCACAUGUGGUGGAAUGGGGAAAUCAAGAUGACUACCAGCUGGUUAGAAAACUAGGCCGAGGUAAAUACAGUGAAGUAUUUGAAGCCAUCAACAUCACAAAUAAUGAAAAAGUUGUUGUUAAAAUUCUCAAGCCAGUAAAGAAGAAGAAAAUCAAGCAUGAAAUAAAGAUUUUGGAGAAUUUGCAAGGUGGUCCCAACAUCAUCACACUGGCAGACAUUGUAAAAGACCCCGUGUCACGAACUCCUGCCUUGGUUUUUGAACACGUAAACAACACAGACUUCAAGCAAUUGUACCAGACGUCAACAGACUAUGAUAUUCGAUUUUACAUGUAUGAGAUUCUGAAGGCCCUGGAUUAUUGUCACAGCAUGGGGAUUAUGCACAGAGAUGUAAAGCCCCAUAAUGUCAUCAUUAAUCAUGAGCAGAAGCUACGGCUAAUAGACUGGGGUUUGGCUGAGUUUUACCAUCCUGGCCAAGAACAUAACGUCCGAGUUGCUUCCCAAUAUUUUAAAGGUCCUGAGCUACUUGUAGACUAUCAGAUGUAUGAUUAUAGUUUGGAUAUGUGGAGCUUGGGUUGUAUGCUGCCAAGUGUGAUCUUCCGGAAGGAGCCAUUUUUCCAUGAACAUGACAAUUAUGAUCAGUUGGUGAGGACAGCCAAGGUUCUGGGGAGAGAUUUAUAUGACUAUAUUGACAAAUACAACAUUCAAUUAGAUCCACGUUUUAACGAUAUCUUGGGCAGACAUUCCCGUAAGCGAUGGGAAUGCUUUGUCCACAGUGAAAACCAGUACCUUGUCAGUCCUGAGGCCUUGGAUUUCCUGGACAAGCUGCUGCGGUACGACCAACAGUCAUGGCUCACCACAAGAGAGGCCGUGGAGCACCCCUAUUUCUACACUGUUGUGAAGGACCAGACUCGAAUGGGCUCAUCUAGCAUGCCAGGGGGCAGUAUGCCUGUCAGCAGCACCAAUAUGAUGUCAGGGAUUUCUUCAGUGCCAACCCCUUCAGCCCUUAGACCUCAGGCAGGCUCACCAGUGACUGCUGCUGCCAACCCCCUCGGGAUGCCUGUUCCAGCUGCCGCUGGCGCUCAGCAGUAAUGGCCCUUCUGUCUCCU